AUGACCCCAGCUGCUGAAACUCCCCACCCUGCUGAGCAGAGCAAACUUGAAAUAGUAAGCCUGGCAAACCAGGAACAAUACGAUGCAAAUAACAACUACGAAGUUCGUAUAUUCACUGACGGCAGCAAGCUCGGCGGAAAAGUAGGAGCAGCAUUGUCCAUCUGGAACAGUACGUCAGAAACCAAGACCCAAAAGCUUGCUCUACCAAGCUAUAGCACGGUUUACCAGGCAGAGCUGCUAGCACUGUGUAAAGCAACUGGAGAAAUAAUAAGACACAAAGCAAAGUCGUUUGGAGUUUACAGCGACUCUAUGGCGGCCCUCCAAACCGUUAAAAACAGCCAAUGCCUACAUCCACUGGCCGUGGAAGCGAGAGAGAACCUUAGGACUUCAUACCUUCAAGGUAAAGCCGUCCACUUACACUGGAUAAAGGCUCACGCAGGUCUGGAAGGGAACGAGAGAGCAGACCAAUUAGCAAAAGAGGCCGCUGAAAACUCCAAACGAAAACCGGAUUACGAACUAUGCCCGGUGUCCUUCGUCAAGCGAAGUAUUCGUCGGGAUACGCUUGACGAAUGGAAUAAAAGAUAUGCGACUGGAGACACAGCGUCGGGCACCAAACUCUUCUUCCCGAAUGCUAUUACGGCGUACAGGACGGUCAGAAAGAUGGAAGCAACUAAUAUAAAGACGCAACUAAUGACAGGGCACGGUGGAUUCGCAGAAUACUUGAAUCGCUUCAAGUGUAAGGAGAGUCCAUAA